AUGGCAGAAGCGCGUAAGAUCAAGUCGCUGAAACUUCAGCUGAAUGCGGUAAAACAAUCAAUAGAUGCAAUAGUUGAUUUUGCCGAAAAAGCAGCUAAAAACCAUGUGGAGGUUACCACGCGCCGGGAUAACCUACAAAAACUGUACUCUCGAUUUAUCAGUCUGCAGGACGAGCUUAUAUCACUAGAUGAUGACCAUGAAGAACAACAUUUUGCGUUUCGUCUAACAGUGGAAGAGGCUUAUUAUAAAGCAGAUGGCAUAUUGUCGAGCGCCCGCGACAUCGAGGAGUUACACGUGGAUGCGCUGUUCGACAAUGCUGCGUUAAAGAAGGAGUCGGCUAGUGACCUUAGAAGCAUGGUCGAAAACUUCGAGGCCAACGUAAAUGCAUUAAAGCAGUUAGGUGAACCAACCUCCCAAUGGGACACGCUGCUCAUUCACAUGCUGAGCCAUCAGCUUGAUGCCACUACGUUGCGUAGCUGGAAGGAGUACGCUGCGGAAAAGGAUGUGGAAACUUUCCCUGAUCUGGUUGCGUACAUCUACAGAUGUGUUAGUGUGUUGGAAGAGUUAACACCUACAACAGUGGUAAAACCAACCAAACACCGUGCCCUAACCACACAAACGAUCAACAGCAAGGGUUGUGUUUUCUGUUGCCAGCAACAUCCUCUUUACAUGUGUGAUGAAUUUUUCAAGCUGUCGUUACAGGACAAUGAGAAGUUCGUGAAUGAGCACAGACUUUGUCUUAACUGCAUGCGUCCUGGACACCGAGCGCGCGAAUGUAAAUCAUCUAGCACAUGCAAGAAAUGCCGUAAACGCCACCAUACUCUGCUAUGUCCGUCCUUGCUACAAGUAACUGAUUCACCAUCCCUGAGACAACACAACGAUACUCCGACCACGUCAACUAUGUCGUCGGUCGUCGAGCCGAUCUCUUGUGCGUCGUCCGGGCAACGUAAGACUACAUUGCUGGCCACUGCCGCGGUAAUUAUCGUUGACGACGACGGCAAAGAAUACAUCGCACGAGCGCUGCUAGAUUCAGGGAGUGAUACCUGUUUCAUUACUGAAAACCUAGCCCAGCAACUCAAAUCUCGUAAGGAGAAAAACAAUCUCAAAAUCUCCGGCAUUAGUUCCACCACUACUACAACAAAGUACAGCAUACGAGCGACACUUCGCUCACGGAUCGGGCGAUACUUCGCCGACCUGCAAUUUUACGUGUUACCGAAGAUCACGGAAAACAUUCCUUCUUCGUCGAUUGACACAUCCGGAUGGAAUCUGCCGAGCAACAUCUUUCUAGCUGAUCCUCAUUUUGAUCGCAGUGAUCGAAUUGACGUACUAAUCGGAGCAGAAAUCUUCUUUGAAAUAAUGAAGCCUCCUGGACGUAUUCAUCUCGGAAAUGAUCGACCCACUCUUGUCAAUUCAGAAUUUGGAUGGAUAUUCACGGGGCCAGUCGUAAGUACGCUCAUGUCAUCUUUUAAGUCUAUUGUAGUUCACCACGUGACGACGAGUGUCAACGAAGUCCAUAAACUUAUGGAACAAUUCUGGACAGUCGAAGAUGAUGACAGCGCCAGCGUUAUCUCGAGCGAGCAAGCAGCAUGUGAAGAACACUUUCGUAACACGUUUUCUCGCACUUCUUCCGGGCGAUACGUCGUAAGGCUGCCGGUAAAGUCGCAUAUUCUUGACAAGCUUGUCGAUAAUCGCAACACGGCAGUGCGUCGGUUUCAUUCAUUACAAAAUCGUCUCAACACCAAUGAGGAUCUGCGUAAGGGGUACAGUUCGUUUAUCGAUGAGUACAACAGACUGGGCCACAUGUAA